AAAUAAUUGUGAUGACGUCUACUGAAGUGCAUGCAUUCGUGGCAUUCUGUGCAGGCGCUGGCGUUGAGCGGCAGCGUAGUUUCCUAGCUCCCAGCACUUGAAACCCAUCGAGCGGAAAUGGGCGCCCAAGAUAAUGAGAGUGAGCCUGAGCAGUUCAGGAAGCUGUUCAUCGGCGGCCUGGACUACAAAACCACGGAGGAGAGCCUGAAAGGCCACUUCGAGCAAUGGGGCGAAGUCGUCGACUGCGUCGUCAUGCGGGACCCCAGCACGAAGAAAAGCCGUGGCUUCGGCUUUAUCACCUUCCGUCGCGCGCACAUGGUCGACGACGCGCAAGCGGCACGACCACACAAGGUCGAUGGUCGUGAGGUGGAACCCAAGCGGGCCGUGCCUCGUGAGGAGGCUGGCCGUCCGGAGGCGCAAGCCACUGUAAAGAAAGUCUUCGUUGGUGGUCUCAAAGACGACGUUGACGAGUCUGAUCUCCGGGACUACUUCUCGCAGUUUGGAAACAUCCUCUCUGUCAACUUAGUCACCGAGAAGGACACCGGUCGCAAGCGUGGCUUUGCCUUCGUCGAGUACGACGACUACGACCCAGUGGACAAGAUUGUCCUGAAGCGCCACCACAUGUUGAAGGGAAAGAGGACCGAGGUGAAGAAGGCACUUUCGAAACAAGAGAUGGAAAACCUCAAGAAAGACAAGCGGCCCGCAUUCAGGGGCGGUCGCGGUGGCCGUGGUGACGGCUGGGAAGGUGGCUACGGCGGUGGCGGAUAUGGUGGCGGCGGCUACGGCGGCGGUGGUUACGGCUCUGGCGGAGGUGGCUACGGUGGUGGUAGCGGCGGCUACGGCGGUGGCGGCUGGAACCAAGGCGGCGGAGGAGGCUACGGCGACAGCUUCGGCCAGGGUGGCUGGGGAGGUGGCGGCGGCGGAGACUUUGGCUCCGGCUACGGCAACAGCUAUGGUGGUGGACCAAUGCGCGGAGGCCCAGGUGGCUACUCUCAGCGUGGCUCUGGCCCAUAUGGCAACGGCAGUGCAGGAGGCGGCGGUGGCUACCGGAGAUAAAAAAAAAAGAACAUCAUGGUGAUUUUAACUGGGGGAGUUGGAACAGGCUGCUGGCCUUUGCCGUGAGGACGUGGUGUGCGGAGUCUCUGGGGGAGCAGGCAAAAAAAAAAGGUAAGCAUACUGCUCUUGACAGUUCUUCAUGCUUGGGUGUCUUAAAGCAGCAGCUAAAUUUUGGCUGUGCUUUAGUCUUGCUCUGAAAUAUUAAUGCAUACAGAUAUUGCUUUGUUGUACAGGCUUUCAGAUUGCUCAUCCUGUAGGCCUGUGCCCGCAGGUGCAGCAAGUGUACAUGUUAGCCCAAUAGCCUAGGUAAAAGCAAUUUGUCUACGCUGCUCCACAAACUGUUGCUGUCACUUCAACUGUCUUCCUUUUCUGUUCUCAGAAACAUUCAGAUCCAAGUCUGCAGGAGCUGGAACCUCCUGCAGAAGUCCUGCUGGCCCACUUGCUGGUUCUGCUUCAGGCAUUGCCAUUGGAUCAUCAAAUGUGCUCUGCACCUGUGCUUGUAUGAUCUCGUGGAAUCUUAGAAUAAAAGGUUUCAUGGUUG